CGGAGCCGCUGGAGGUAGAUGAGGAGGAGCAGAGAGCGAUGCAUGCCGGGUCUGUGCAGCUGGCGAGGCGGCCGUGAAGAGGACCUUCCUGUUGAUAAAGCGUCUCCGCUGCGCACUUCUCACCUCUAUAUGGCAAAGUUCCUCGCAGAAUUACUGGGAUGCACACUUCCAGACAAGGGCCCCCCCCCUUUGUUAGAGUGUCGCAGCGCGCCACAUCUGGAACCGAAGUCUUCCUCCAGACGGCCGACAGCAAUUUUUGGGACGUUAAGCAAUGAGAAGACGCUGUUCGACAGCAGACUGGUCAACAUGCCGCAGACACCGCCGUUCUCCGGGCAGCUGCACGCCGGCGGCUUCAACAACAACGAGGACGUGUACCCGGCCGUGGGAGGAGGGUUCUCCGGCCUCUUCUACCACGACAGCAGCCUGGCGUCCGGGUCCCUGGACGCCCUGGUGCGCCACCUGGUCCCCACUGUGGACUACUACCCAGACAGAACGUACAUCUUCACCUUCCUGCUCAGUUCCCGCCUCUUCAUCCACCCGUAUGAGCUCAUGUCCCGAGUGUGCCACCUGUGCACGGAGCAGCAGCGGCUCGGCGACCCUCAGGCUGACAAGCUGAGAUUCAGGAAGAUAACUCCCAGGAUCCUCCAGCUGCUGACGGAGUGGACGGAGACCUUCCCCUACGACUUCAGGGACGAGAGGAUGAUGCGCAGCCUGAAGGAGCUGACCCACCGGCUGUCCAGCGGAGACGAGGUGUGCAGGAAGGCGCUGGGCCAGCUGAGCCAGGGCCUGAUCCGGAGGCUGACGGCCCUCAGCCAGUACGAGGAGACCCUGGUCAAGAUCAACGCCACGGCGGCCGAGCGGCUCACUGCCGUGAAGGCCAAGCCUCAGGCGGCGGUCCAGAGAGACCUGCUGUCCAUCUGCAACGACCCGUUCACCGUGGCGCAGCAGCUCACUCACAUAGAGCUGGAGAGACUGAGUCACAUCGGGCCUGAAGAGUUCGUCCAGGCCUUCGUGCAGAAAGACCCGCUGGACAACGAUAAGAGCCGCUUCAGCGACCACAAGAAGGCCAGCAACCUGGAGGCGUACGUGGACUGGUUCAACAGACUCAGCUACCUGGUGGCGACGGAGAUCUGCCUGCCCGUGAAGAAGAAGCACCGAGCGCGAGUCAUCGAGUUCUUCAUCGACGUGGCGCGCGAAUGCUUCAACAUUGGCAACUUCAACUCCCUCAUGGCCAUCAUAUCUGGGAUGAACAUGAGUGCCGUCUCCCGGCUGAAGAAGACCUGGAGCAAAGUGAAAACAGCCAAGUUUGACAUCUUAGAGCACCAGAUGGAUCCGUCCAGCAACUUUUACAACUACAGAACGGCCCUGAGAGGAGCCACCCAGAGGUCGCUCACGGCCAACAGCAGCAGAGAGAAGAUCGUCAUCCCUUUCUUCAGCCUUCUCAUAAAGGACAUCUACUUCCUGAACGAAGGAUGCGCCAACAGGCUGCAGAACGGCCACGUCAACUUUGAGAAAUUCUGGGAGCUGGCCAAACAGGUGAGCGAGUUCAUGACCUGGAAGAAGGUGGAGUGUCCGUUCGAGAAGGACCGCAAGAUCCUGCAGUACCUGCUAACGGCGCCGGUGUUCACUGAAGACGCGUUGUAUCUGUCGUCGUACGAGAGCGAGAGUCCUGAGAACCACAUGGAGAAGGACAGAUGGAAGUCUCUGAGGUCAACUCUGCUGAGCAGGGUCUGAACCUGAGGAUGAAGAGGAACCCGACCAAGUAUCCCCACGUGCUUCAGCUGGCGAGGACCCUUCGCCGCCGCAGCUGCCCCCUCCUCCCUCACCAGCUUUGCUCCUCUCGCUCUCCGUGCUGUAUAUUUUUGGACAGCCGUUUUUCAUCUCUUUGUAUGACUUUAUAGUCGUUUUGUUACAAAGACGUGCCGCCGACCUUCACCGGGGAGACGGAGGUCGCCGCCCGUCGAACUGACUACCAAGUCGGCCGCUGGUCGGUCGACGCCACAGAAACGCUACUCCGGUUCCACGUGCCAGCAUCCUCCGUCCGGAGGACCCGCAACACUCCCCAGGACUAAGCUACUCCCGACCUGUACUUUUGUGCCACCCACCGUUCGUUCCACGUGUUUGAUGAAAUGCACCGGCUGCAUUUCUGUUUUUUUGAAAAGAUGUAUUCUUGUUUUGUGAUUUUUCUGAAGCAGGAAGUAAGAGUUGAAUCUUGAUGCACACCGUGUGUGUGUGUGUGUGUGUUUAUGAAGGGCUGCAGUGGGGAAAAAAACAACCAUGAAACGAUUAAUUUAAAAGUGUAUCGUCCACGUUGCCCCAUGUCUGAUCCUGCUGCCAGGCUCUUCCUGCUCCUCUGCAGCAAGCCGUCCCGGCAGAAUCGGACCGCCAGGGCCACUUUAGCUAUUUUAUGUUUUCAGACACUAGCACUGUGUUAAAGUGCAGCUAACGUGCACGGUGAGGCCUCAUCCCGACGCAUGUCUGCUUGAAUCCUGCUCCACCUGCCACGCAACACGGUGUCCUGCUGCUGCUCCCUGGUGGCCUGUUUGGAGAACUGCAUCUGUGUGUUUAAACCUCUAGAAGGUUAAAAAUGUGUUUGGUUUCACAUAUUAAGUCUCCUCCCUUUUUAUUUAUGAACCUGUGUAUUCAGAUUAUCUCCAUGUCUAAAGUAACAUUUUAUUAUUUAAUUUUGUACUAGGUACAGAAAGUGAUUAUGUAUGAGUAGUCCUCAGAUAUUUUUUAUAUGUUUGUAUGAGACACUUAAUUUACAAGGUACUAGCUCAGAUGAAGUUGAAUAUUGUUGACUGAUGUCGGCUCGGCCUUGACUCCUCGUCCCUCGACACGCAGUGCUGUUAUUGUGUACAUACUGUUGUUUUUUUCCUUCCUGUGUUCAUCCAUUUGUGUUAAGACUGUCAAAGAAUGGAACAAAGAAACGGUUUCAAAAUGAUUUAGCUGUGUUUGAAAGCGAGAAAAUAAAACGUUUCGAGGUAG